UCCGGUAUUGUUCUGUGUAGUUGGGCGACUUGACGCAGCUGUAAGUGGGACACAUGAAGUUCAUAUUCCACAGCUGGUGAUGGCGGAUGUUGGUGAAAAAGACACCAUGAAGAAUUACCAUAUAGCGUCUGAGAAAAUUAACCCGGAGGCCAGUCGCUAUCCUUACUGUAUUGUGUGGACUCCUAUCCCCGUGUUAUCAUGGCUGUUUCCGUUCAUUGGCCACAUGGGAAUCUGUACUUCCACUGGUGUCAUCCGGGACUUCGCUGGACCUUACUUUGUCUCAGAAGACAACAUGGCUUUUGGAAGACCAACAAAGUACUGGAUCCUUGACGUUAGCAAAGUCUACGCUAAUGGCUCCAAUGCCUGGGACACGGCGGUACACGAUGCUUCAGAGGAGUAUAAGCACAGGAUGCACAACCUCUGCUGUGACAACUGUCACUCGCACGUCGCCAUGGCUCUGAAUCUGAUGCGAUAUGAAAACAGCACCUCUUGGAACAUGGUCAACCUCUGCCUCCUUGCUUUGAUCCAUGGAAAACACGUCAGCUGCGCGGGCUUUCUGAAGACCUGGCUGCCUUUCCUGAUGCUGACGGCCAUCAUCCUAGCAGUGACCCUGGCCAUCAACCUGCGGUGACCUGGGGAGCCAGGUUCAGGACACAGUGGAACCCCCCGCAGGUCCAAAGUGGGGUUGACCUUUCAAACAACAAGGGGGGAGGGGGAGGGGGGUUAUCUCACGCUUUCGAGCGAAAACGUAAUGGACGACAUGAAGACUAGUUACCUCUGAGAGAAGCUUGUCGAACAGGAAUGUGAAACGCGUACCAACACACGCUUGGGUUUGUGGGGAGCAGGCGGCCUGUUAACUGGCACAGCGCCGGUAUGUGACGCUGGAAUGCCCUCGUUAUGGAUAUGCAUUUCUAUUGAGUCAUUUAUUUCAAGAGAAGUGACUGAACACCCCACCAACCACACAAACACGCGUAACGGAUUAUGACUAUUGAAAGCCCAACAGCAGGUUUAAGCCAUCGCCUCCUGCAAAGUGUAGACGUUGUAUUAGCUGUAUUAGAUAGUUGAAUAGAGGAACAAUAGAGGAACAUGCUUACCGUUGAAUUCUCCCGAGGAACACAUUCCUGCCUUGCUGUCCGAUUUUGAUGAUCUUACUUUCUAAUGGAUUGGGAGUGUAAUCCCAUGAUUCCAGUGCUUCUAGGAUGCCAUUUUUUUAUACUGGGGAGCACAAACAUGUUAAGUCAAUUAGAUGCCUUUCUAGGGAAUUUAUUGCAUUUCAUGCUUGAUCUAAUGUAGCUCUUCUACAGUACUGCGACUUAAAGCGGAACAUGCCAGAGCGGUUUGUAUUUUUGUGCAUUUUCUUACUUAACUCCGUAGGAUAUCAAAGAAGUCUGCAUCUUCUAAAAAGAAAUAUUUUCUCAGAGAUAUGUCGUACACGUAUUCCAUGUAUCACCUCAUGGUACUACGAUAGGUUUACGAUAAAUGUUUUCAUACCUCUAACUACAGAUCAUCUGUGCAACGACUGUAGCAACCUCAGUGAAUGUGGCUGUGGAAAAUACCCAGAGAAAGCGACAGAAUAGUUGAGCUUUUCUAUACUCGUGCCAAAUGUAGGAGAAUGGAAGACCAAGUCAAACUGUGUCCUUGAAUAUCUAACUCAUUAUUUAGUGGAACGGCUCAUUGGUGAGUCAAAAGUUAUUGAAUGAAAAGCCUGUUAAUGGAUCGGAGUCAUGAAACUUGGUCUGGUCUUUUUGUUUAACCUGAGACAUUUUUCAUUACAAAUAUUGACUUUAUAGGAAGAAGCAGGAGUCAGUGCCUAAAAAAAAAAAAAAAAGACCUCUCUCACAGAUCCUUUCAUAUAUUAUAUUUUCACUUUGUGUUAUUUUUGACACGUUUAAAAAAAAUAAAUAAAAAAUUCCACAUGAUGGUUGGCACUCGAAAUCCGUUGCCAUGGCUGUCGUGAGUAGAUUUAAAUCCCCUCAUUGUUUGCAAUCAAACAGGAAAAAGAAGUGCCGAGCCCUCUCUUUUGUCCACGGUGCUGCCAGAAGCAGCAGGUAGCCAGGAUCCUCAGGUUUUUCUCACUCGACGACCCCUGCUGAAUAUCCCCAGUCGCCCCAGCUCCUAACCAGCGUCGCUCCUGCUGUUUUCCACAUCUGCACAUCAGAUUCAAAGGUCAUUGUGAAAUGUCAGUGCUGUUUCGCAAAGCUUUGGUCAUAAUACUGGCCAACAUCCUGCAAUAAGCCAAAGUAGAUGUCCUUUUAAGUUUGUAUUUAGGGUUUAGGGCUAACACAGUGCCAGUUUUCUACAUUGCUCUCCUCCUUGGGCUUCUGUUGAAAGCAGAUAUUCUGUGGCCUCUUGUGUAUAUUUCACCCAUGUUGCCUGUAAAUAUUUGAUCACACAUUAAACUUUACACCAGGUGCUCUUUAUAUACUUUGCAAACUUGAUCGCACACUCUACAGAUCUGUCCUUUUGAAUAAUUUACAGUGUAAUUUUUAUCCUCUUUACUCCACU